CUAUUGCUUGGAAGUCAAGGGAGAUAGAUUUCUCUAUCCGUAUGCUUAAGGCAAAAUAUAAAAAACUCCAUACUAUAACACAGAAUAUGUGUUUAGAUAUGGAGUUUCAAAUUCUCGAUGCCCUUGGAAGUACUCCUAGGAGCUUAAGAAUUCUUACUCCUAUAAUUUUCAGCCAUUAUUUCGCAUCUAUAGUGAAAAUGAACUACAGUCCUCACGAGCAUGAUGCUUUAUUUUGUGAGAUUAUAGUGCAAUGCCAGAGUGAAUAUUGGGUGGCAAAGUUGAGGCCAUCACUUAUUGCAGCAUUAGGUGCAUUGGUGAUUUCUACACUAUUCUCUCUAAAAGUUUUUAAUAAAUUUUACAAGGCGCUCGAAAAGAACCAAUUUAUCACAGAGGAUGAGUUUAUCUGUUAUUUUCCCGAAAUGUUGAAGCUAUUUCAGAAACUCAAGAUCGAUAAAGAACAUAGGCCGGUGUUUGAUUUUCCAAUCAAAUGGAAAAAUAAUAUCAAAUGUGCAAGUAGAUUCUUGAUAUUCACAAAUAUGAGAAUUAUUGAACAGCCCAAGUUAGAAGUAAAGUUGGAAAAUUGCAAGAAAAAAAAAAUGAAUAUUUGAAACGCUUGGACCAGCAAAUUGGCAAAAUGGAGAAACAAUCUACGAGAUUAAAUGAUGUAUUAUUAUUGAUAGUUUCUUUCAGUAUUGCUUCUCAAGGAGUGGGCAUAAUGCCAAAAAGUUCUCUCAUCCUUAAAGCAAUAUCUUUGAUAAUGAUUUUAGGGAGUCUUUAUUGCAUUAUAAAGAUCAUUAAUGAAAGAUGGGAAACGAAAAAGACUUCAAGUCAACUUUUAAGGAUGAAUAAGUAUGUCAUUGGUGUUGCUGUGAACGAUGAGGAUGUUGAUGACAGUGAUGAUUUGAGUGCUGACGACAACGAUGAUAAUUGGUACCUGGCAAACACUCUUGAAUUAGCUGAAAUUUUCAAAGUGAAGCUUUCAAACAAAUUUGAAAAGAUGAGAAAAUGGGGGGAAAUGGAUGAACAGUGGGAAGAAUAUAGUAGAGUGAGCCAAGUAUGGAUUAAGUAUAAAAUUUUAAUUAUUGUAAUAGUAUAUCAUGUAUAUGGUAUUGUAGGGAACAACAUUUUGAGAGUCAUGUCCUAAUUGCAAAAGUGUAUGAUUCUAGCUUUCACAAACCAGAUUGUGUAAUUUAUGUGUUCUGUUCUGUUUUCUAUUGUGUUGCCUUUUGGUUUAGAAAUUAAAUUUCUGUAUGCUUGUGUUAUUAGAACAGGCUAUAUGAUUCUAGCUUUUACAAACCAAAUAGUGUAUGUUUUCUAUUGUUGUGUUUUUUUGUUUAUGAAUUAAAUUUCUAUAUUA